ACCAGGGACUGAUAGAGAGACCCGUCUGCAGGAGUCAAGGGACUUUCUUUUUCAGGAAUAUGCACUUAUAGCCUCUGACUUCAAACAUUUGAAAAUGCCAGCUUCCAAAGAAAUGCUGGUGUUUGCAGCACUCUGUGCCUUCCUGGGACUCACCCAGUGUCAAAAGCUGCCAAGUUUUGAUCUGCUGGAGGAGUUUCGUGUGCCCGAGUCGAGAGGAGUGAGGAGAGUGGACGGCUCUCAACCAGAGGCGGUGGCCUACCGUGUCAACCCCUCUAUACAUCUACGGAGAUCCAUGAGCGAUGUGUAUCCAGAUGGACUUCCUUCCGACUACUCUGUCAUCGCAACAUUUAAAGUGACCAAGGACACAGCCAGAAAAUCCUGGGACCUGUGGCAGGUCAGUGACCCCAAAGGACGAGAGCAAGUCGGCUUGCGUUUCCAGGGUGACACACGUUCUUUAGACUUCUUCUACACCAGCCCCCAUGGGAGCCAGAUGCUGAGGACCUUCCACGGUGUGGAAAAGUUGUUUGACGGAGAGUGGCACAAGUUGGCGCUGAGUGUGAAGGGCAGCCAGGUGAAGCUGCUGAUAGACUGUGAAGAGGUCAGCGUGGAGUCCAUUGAUGAGCCAAGGCCAGUCAUCCACCGAGGGUACACCUCCAUCGUCAAGCGGGCCGCAGGAGAUCGCUCUGUGUCUGUGGACCUCCAGCAGAUGGAGGUGUCAUGUGACCCAGAGCAGGCUUACUCAGAGGGCUGCUGCGAGCUCUCCAGUGUGUGUGGUGGGUACGCAGAGAUCGGCCUAACAGCUGGAAGAGCGUCUUGCAAAUGUAUGCAUGGACAACCAGGCGUUCAGGGACCUCCAGGGCCACAGGGUCACAGAGGGCUUCCAGGAAAAGCCGGAGACCCAGGAAGACAAGGAAACUGGGGAAUCCGAGGAAACACAGGAGCAUAUGGCAACAUUGGUGAGACAGGCCCAAAGGGUGAAGAGGGAAUCAAAGGCGAGAAAGGAAUGAGAGGACUCUGGGGCCAAGUGGGAGACAGAGGUCCUAAGGGGCUGAAAGGAUUAAAGGGGGCAGCGGGCUUCAAGGGAGUUCGUGGACCACCUGGAGAUAUUGGAGAGACUGGGAAACUAGGCGAAAUUGGUACUAAAGGCGAAAUAGGAUAUGAAGGGAUUCCGGGAUUUCAAGGAGUUAAGGGAGAAAAAGGAACCUCUGGUGUAGCAGGGCGUGCUGGGCCCAGAGGAAAGCAGGGUAUUGUGGGAGAUCCUGGAGAGACGGGAACUCCUGGAGAGAAGGGGAUGCCUGGGAUCCAAGGACCUGUGGGCAGAGCUGGCACCAUCGGACCGAAGGGCAUUAUUGGAGAUCCGGGCUUGCCUGGCAGAGACGGUGAUCCAGGAAUAGAGGCUUAUCAAGGGCCACAGGGUCUCAGUGGAAGACUCGGGAGAAGUGGAGCAAAGGGAGAGAAAGGCCAACUUGGGCCAGCGGGAGAAAUGGGUCCCCAAGGCCAAACUGGCCCAAGAGGUUACAAGGGUUCUGCAGGGAAGCCAGGAAGACCUGGAUUUAUCGGCCCGCCGGGACCUACUGGACACGUGGGUGUGCCUGGAAAACCAGGGUCCAAGGGUGACACAGGAAUCCAGGGAAUUCAAGGAGUUAAAGGUGGACAGGGGGAAAAAGGAGUUAAGGGCCCCAAAGGAAAGGUUGGAGACAGGGGUGCGCAGGGUCCUCAGGGAGGACGGGGGAAGCGUGGCCCCGUAGGCCCACCUGGACGUGCAGGCCCUGUCGGAGUCAAGGGGAUCCGAGGUGAAGGAGGACCAGAUGGCUUUCAGGGGCCCCCGGGGCCACCGGGCCCAACCUUGCCUGCCCAACAUGUGAUCGAGGUUUGUCAGAAAGUGGUCCUGGAGCAGAUGUCCACCUUUGCCAACUCAGUGAAGAGGACGUGUGCUGCAGUUUGUCCUCUAUAUGGGGACGUGCCCAUGGGUGCCCCUGGUCCUCCCGGACAGAAAGGACCCCCUGGACCUCCUGGUGACCCUGGUAAUGAUGGUGUUGAUGGAGAAGCUGGCCUGCCGGGAUUCUUUGGAGAAGCCGGGGAACUGGGCCGAAAAGGAGAAACAGGUGACCGAGGAGAGCAAGGUGAUAAAGGACCAAAAGGUUACGGCCUACCUGGCUACUUUGGAGACCAGGGACCAAAGGGUCAACGUGGACGUCCCAGCCGAGCCUUUCAUGGUCAGCCAGGGAAGCAGGGUGAGAGGGGACACGUGGGCAGGCCUGGACUCAGGGGCCACGCAGGUCUCAGAGGACCUCCAGGUGUUUGUGUCACCUCUGGGUGUGCUCAGCUGAACUCCACCAGUGGGACUCCUCAGCCUGCACCGCGGAGGUUGAGGAAUCGCCCAUAGCGGGAAAAAAGGAGGCUGUGUGGACGGUGAAUUGAAUAUUGAGCUUAAAGGAGGAAAACACGGUAGAUUGUUUUUGUUAAUAUGUGUUUGUUCAAAUAAAUUGAAAUUUUCAUGUAAAUAUGCAACCCAAUUGGAACCUGAACUGAACUUCUGGGAAGACAAAGACAGCACCUCUGUGAUUAACAAACAAAAUAUAUUUGUAAAAAACAACGGUCUUCAUUUGAAAGUUUUAUUUAAACAGAUUUCACAAGUCUGAGUUGUCUUCAAACAUCUGUUCUUUAUAAUAAAAAUCCAAAAUUUAUACUGAUGUUUUUUAGACCAUUGUGUAAAAGCCUGAUUAC